AUGCGCGAGAGACCCCCUUCGGAGACGGCGUCGCCGCCGUCGUCCAAGGAGCCCAUCUCUGGCCUGGGCGUGUCUGCGCUGCCCGCCGACGAUGGCGGCGGGUGGGCGUCGCUUGCUUCGCCGCCCCGCCGGCCCAGUGUGGACCUCAGCACGCGGCCACCCACGCGGUGGUCGAGCGGCGACUCGCUGGCGAGUGCGUACGCGGCGGGCGAGGCAGACGACGCGUUUCCGCCGCUACGUACGCAUGCGCCGCUGGGGCGAUACGAAGAGGUGAACUUCGACCCGAACGACAUCACGGUGCAGGGCCAUGCUGUGGGCAUGCCGUGGCGCAGUUUCAGCUCGCUCCCCGAAAUGGACAGCGAUAGCAAGCGCUCAGGAUCUGUGCUGGGCGACGCAUUUGAUACCUACCUGCUGCCGAGAGAGGGCAUGGAUGCGGACGUGAACCUCGAUGACUACCAGGGUCCGACCGGCUGGACGCAGUACCUGCCGACCAGCGGCAUCGACGAAUACGACCGCGACGACGAGCAGCCGGACGACGAAGAGUCGCGCAAUCACAGCGAGGAAGCAGAGGAACGGCGCACGUCCCGCGCGCAAUUCUCCGACGUCUGGAACGGAUUCGCGCGCAGCGGCAAAGAGGCCAUUGCGCGAGCGAACGAGCGCAUUCGGCGCACCGGCGAGUCGCUCCCGUGGCGCCAGCAGGGCACACCAGAGGCGCAGUGGCUUCCAAUGGAGGACGCCGACGGCGAGACGGCCGAGGCACACGUUCAGGACGUGCGGCCCAUCCACGCGCAGCUGCGUGGCAAAUCACUCAUGCUGUUUGGGCCGACGCAUUCCAUCCGCUUGCUCUGCGCCAGGGUGCUCGAGACGUGGUGGGUCGAGCCGCUGAUCCUCGCGUUGAUCACCAUGAACCUCGUCGUGCUGAUUGUCUCGUCGAGCCGCGAUGUUGUUACGCACCCUUUGCGGCACGAUCUCUUGACCAACACAGAGUCCCUUAUUCUCCUUGGCGUAUUCUGUGUGUAUACCCUCGAGAUGGCUGCGCGGAUUAUUGUCUCGGGGCUGAUCAUCGACCCGCCCCCGUUUGACGAGCGGCGCCCGCGGAACGCCUCAACCGAAUCGCUCCCGAGCAAAGAGGCUGAGGAGGAUGUGACACCCGCGUACAUGGAGAGCAAUACCAUGCCGGUCAUUCGCCACUGGUGCGACAAAUUUUAUAUCUACUUUGUGCGCUUUGUGCGUCCGUACGGUACUGCACAGCGUGCGCACACCGCGGCGCGCCUCGCGGAAAUCAAGCCGACAGCAGGUGUAACGCGCGACGAAGUGUACGCCAAGCCUGCUGCACCGCCGGGGCACCUACCCGACAUGCCGUGGAACGCGCCGCGGAUGCACGAGCAGAGUGGGUGGCGCUCGGCCCUGAUGCGCUUCUUGGUCUCGGUGGCUCUGCGCUUCUCUAACGGCAUUACAGGCGAAAAGCGCGUGAUGGCGGAUCGCGCAUACCUGCGCCACAGCUGGAACCGCGUCGACGCAACGGCGAUCGUAUGCUACUGGGUCGCGGCGAUCCUUGAGCUGGCGCGUGCCGACGAAUAUCCCCACCGUCACAUUUACCUGUUCCGUGCGGUGAGUGUGCUGCGAUGCGCGCGCCUCCUCUCGCUGCCGGACGGUAUCGCGACAAUUCUCUUGUCGCUGAAGCGCGUCGCGCCGCUCUUGAUGCGCGUCGCCUACUUUAUCCUGUUCUUUAUGGUGCUCUUUGCGAUUAUCGGUAUCCAGAGCUUCAAGGGAUCCUACCGCCGCCAGUGCGUGUGGAUCGGCAGUCUGAACAACGAACCGAAUACCAACUUUACUCUCAACCAGCUUUGCGGCGGCUCGUAUGAUCCAAGCAAUCCAGACCAAACCAUCGGGCAUGUGCGGGCCGACUCGAUGCAGCCCUUGGAAAAGGCCAAAGGCUAUAUUUGCCCGUACGGCCAGCUAUGCAUGGAGCAGCCCACCAACCCGAGCAAUGACGUGCAGAGCUUUGACAACAUUUUUACCUCGUUCCUGCAGGUCGCGAUUGUCAUCUCGCUCAACGGCUGGAGCAAUACCAUGUACGAUAUGAUCGAUGCAGACUACUACACUGCCUGUAUCUUCUUUAUCUUUGGCAUCAUCCUGCUCAACUUUUGGCUUGCCAACUUGUUUGUCGCGGUCAUCUCGCACUCGUUUGCGUCACUCAGCGCACAGACAGAGCACAGUGCCUUUGCGGCUGUCGCGAUGCGCGGAGACCCGUCAGGAGCCCACAAGGAGGGCGAGAUUCCUCGCUCGCGCCGUUCGCGCCGCCGCGCCAUUGAGAUCUACAAGCGCGUUUGGGGUUGGACCAAGUACUUGUGGCUUGCGCUGAUCGUUACAAGUCUCGCGAUCCAAGGCUCGCAGAGCUCGUUCCAGGACAAAGCAGCACAGACCUGGCGCGACCGGGCAGAACGCUACCUCACCGUCGCGUUCGACGUGGAGAUCCUGCUGCGAUUUAUCGCGUACACGCUCGACGGAAAUCCGCGCACGUUCCUGCGCAAGAAGCACAACGUCCUCGACUUGUUCCUCGCAGUGAUCACGACCAUCAUUCAAGUGCCCCAGGUGCACAGCUCCAACUGGUAUCCCUGGCUGACCUUUUUCCAGCUCGCGCGGUUUUACCGAGUGAUUGCAGCAAUUCCCCGUAUGCGCGUGCUGCUUGUUCGUGUGCUCGGUUCAAUGGACUCGCUCUUUAACAUGAUGGCGUUCCUGCUCAUGGUCAUUUUUAUGGCUGCGCUCUUUUCUGUGCAGCUCUUCCGUGGCGACAUCCCUGAUGAGAACGAGGACGGAGAAGAGGAGGAAAUGACGUGGAAGCAUCUCUUCAACGGUUUCCUGGCCGUCUACCAAGUGUUUUCGUCCGAGAACUGGACUGAUCCGCUGAUGAAUGUACUCGGAAGCGAGCGCGACUACCACCAGGCAGUCAUUGCAGGGAUCUUUAUCGUGGGAUGGUUCCUUUUUGCCAACUUUAUCGUGCUGCAAAUGUUCAUUGCCGUCAUCAACGAAAACUUCCGUGUCGCGGAAGGUGACAAGUACAAGCGGCAGAUGGAGCAGUACCUAAAGCGCUCGGAGCCACGCAAGAUGUCGCGGCUUGCGCGUAUCAUGCAAAAGUUUAGUCCAUUCCGCGAAGUGCGCUCGUCCAAGACACUGCCACAGGCCGAGGCGCAGACCAUCGUUCCGCUCAACACCAUCGCGGGUCCACCGGCAGACGCCGACGACGACAAGAAGCAGCGCAGUCUGUUCUUGCAGCUCGUCACGCCCGAUCGUGCGGGGAUGGCUGUCGGCACACUGCAGCGUGUCUUGCGUCUCGAUAAGCCGCGCGAACACGCUCACCUCAAAGCACUGCAGGCACGUAUGCGCGGCGAGGUCGAGCCGGGACGCAACGAGCGGCGGCGUACUCUCUACGACUUUGAGCACGUCUACUACGACGAGGACGAACAGACGCGUCUCGCGGCUGGUCGCCAGACGCUGCAGGACAUGCGUACGGACCUCGGCUUGGUCGAUGAGUCGGCCGGGCAACAGCGCUUCCUCGAGGAUUAUGUCCAGCGCGCCGAGAAUGACCCCCGCAUCCAGAUGGCGCGCACAAUGGCCGAGCACCCGUGGUACGACCGAUCCUACUUUGUCUUUUCGAAUCGCAGCCCAAUCCGCCGUUUCUGCCAGAGCCUUACGCCCUGCUCGCACGGCGAGCGUGUGUUUGGGCGGCAAAUGUCGCGCGUGCGCAACUACAUCUUCCAGACAAUCAUCUUUGCAGCGAUUGUCGGUUCGGUUGUCGUUGCAGGCAUUGCGACGCCGGCCUACCGCAAAAAGUACUAUGGCGAGAAUGCGAUCAAGGACGGCGCGCAGGUCGGCUCGUGGUUCUCGGUGAUCGAGCUGAGUCUCUCGGUGAUUUUCGUGGCGGAAUUCUUUGUCAAAACGAUCGCCGAUGGCCUUGCCUUUACGCCGAACGCAUACGUGCUGAGCGUGUGGAACCUGCUGGAUAUGUUUGUGCUGAUCUCGCUGCUGAUCAAUGUCAUCAGUGAGCUGGCCGUGCCCGGUGGUGUGUCGCACUUUACGCGUGCGCUCAAAGCGUUCCGUGCGCUGCGUUUGAUCAAUCUGUCGUCGCUCAUGCGCGACACUUUCCAUGCAGUGAUGAUUGCCGGUGCCGGCCGUAUUCUGGACGCAGCACUGCUGGCACUCUUGUACAUUAUUCCCUACGCCGUCUGGGGACAGAAUCUGUUUGCCGGGCGGCUGUAUGGGUGCAACGACGAGUCUGAUUCGAUCCUGAACAAGCUCGACUGCCACGGCGAGUUUUCGUCGCAGCCGCUCAACUGGUCGUUCCUUGCGCCCCGUGUAUGGGCAAAUCCGAGCGAGGGAUCGCAGUACUCCUUUGACGACUUUAAGAGCUCGCUGUUGAUUCUCUUUGAGAUUGUGUCGCUCGAAGGCUGGAUCGAUGUCAUGACGCAAGCAAUGGCGAUUGUUGGCCGUGAUAAUCAGCCGCAGACCGACGCGGCGCAGCACAAUGCGAUCUUUUUCCUGAUCUAUAACUUGGUCGGUGCUGUGAGUGUUUUGACGCUGUUUGUGUCGGUGAUUAUCGAAAACUUCCAGCGCUACUCGGGUGCAGCGUUCCUUACGACCGAACAGCGCCAGUGGCUCGACCUCAAGCGGCAGCUGCAGCGGCAGACGGCGUCCAAGCGACCCAAGGUCAUGCCCAAAAACAAGUUUGUCAAGUGGUGUUUCCAGGCCGCGACGCAGAAGCAAGGUUGGUGGCUGCGGUCCAUGUCGAUGAUGCACCUCUCGAUUUUGGUCGUGCUCAUGACGCAGCAGUAUACCGAUCCUCCGUGGGCGGACACUGUGCGGAACACGAUCUACACGGUGCUGGCGCUGAUCUACUUCGUGGAUAUUGUUGUGCGCCUGAUCGGUCUUGGGUUCUCUGGUUUCCGUCGCAAUUUGUGGAACUGGUACGAUGUGCUGGUGAUGGCCGGCGUGCUCGGCACGAGUAUUCCGCUUGCGAUCCACCCCAAUGGCUCGCAAGUGCAUGCGCAGCUGCAAAAGAUCUUCUUGACCGGUGUCGCGCUGAAGCUGGUGCAGCGCAACGACUCGCUGAACCAGCUGUUCAAGACGGCCAUCGGCAGUGUGCCGGCCAUCUUUAGCUUGUUCCUCCUGUGGCUCACCAUGUUCUUUGUGUGGGGCAUCAUGCUCGUCGAGGUCUUUGGCCUGACGAAGUGGGGCGACAACGAAACGCACUCCAAGAACCUGAGCUCGCUGUGGGGCACGCUUGUCUUUUUGCUCAUGACAUCCACUGGCGAGGGAUGGAACUCGUACAUGCACGACUACACCGUGCAGUCGCCGCUUUGUACGCCUUCGAGCAACUAUCUCGAGUCGGACUGCGGCAGCAUGGAGUGGGCCUACUUCUUGUUCAUUACGUGGAACAUUAUCUCGAUGUUCAUCUUCCUGAACAUGUUUACGGGUACCGUGGUGGAGAACUUUUCGUACGUGUUCCAUCUGCAAGGCAGCACGGCACUAUCGCGCGAGCAGAUGCGGCUGUACAAGGACGCCUGGUCCAAGUUUGAUCCCGAGGGAUUCGGGUACAUCUCCAAAGAGCAGGUGGUCCCCUUCCUCUCGCAGCUCAUCGGCAUGUUCGAGGUCGGCCUCUACCCCCCCGAGGCGCGUAUCGACGCGCUGAUGGACAAGGCGCGCGUCGUGUCGAAUCCCAGCAGCGCGCCGUCGUCGCCAGGAAGCAGUCCCCGCCGUCGCUUCCGCCUGAGCCUUCCUCGUUCGCCCCGCUCGCCCCGCUCGCCCCGUUCCCCCCGUUCGCCGGCGAGCAGCCAGCGGCGGGGAAGCUCGGUGCACCAGUCGCCGAGCCUGAACGCCUACACAGCCGACAGCGUCUCGGGUACCGGGCACAUCGAGAGCGGCCUGAACCUCGACAAGCUCGAUUCCGCGCUCGCCGCGCUGGAUCCCGAGGAGUUGCGCCACCGCCGUGUGCGCCUCAAUCGCAUGUACCACGAAGCGAUCCUGUCGGACAAAGGCAAAGGCAUCUCGUUCACGGCGAUGCUCUUUGUGCUUGCCUACCACAAGAUGUGCUCGCGCCCGACCAACAUGGAGGUGUCCGAGUUUAUCGAGCGCCGGGCGCUCCUCGACAAGCUCGACAGCACGAUCAGUCUGGAGCGUGUGCGUGGGCUGCUGCGUACGGUCUACUUACGUCGCCGCUUCCUUGCGGCGCGUGCGAACCAGGAGCACAUCACGCGUGUCGCGAUGCGUGGCGACGAGCGCGGCUUCCCCUCGAUCACCGUCGAAGGCGACGUCGGCCGCACGCCCGAGCGCCCCCGCAUCUCGAUCGAUCCCACGUUUGGCCGCCUGGACGUGGAUGCACCACGCGCGACCGACGCGCUGCGCACGCCCACGUCGGGCUAUUCGGACUACUUUGGUGGCGACAUUGCCGAUGGCGCCAGCGACGUGCACCUCUCGCCAAUGUCCGUCUCGCCCGUGGCGCGCCGCCGCCUGUCCUUCCAGGACCCCAGCCUAAACCCCUUUGCGGACCAGAACCAUGGCCGCAACGCCGACGACCGCCCUCCCGGAAGCUCGUCGUCUGUGCAACCCCACCGCACCCCCUCCCCAUCGCGCGACAUGGGGGCGUGGAACUCCGUCAUGCGCCGUCUUUCGCCCGAGCGACCAGACAGCGUAUGGCCUAACGACCAUAGCGCGUAA